GAUAGUAUAGGACAUCGCGCGCAAUCGUUACCGAUAAGAAAUUCAAUUUCUGUUUACGUGGACGCCAUAUGGCACCAGUUUUACUGUCAUUGAAGCUUCGAACAUGCAGACAGUGAUCUUCGUGUGUGUGUUUGGAUUAUGUGUGCAGGCGAUACUUUGUGACGUCACAAGUGACAUCAUAAGCGCACUGAAACAACAGGAAGGCGAAAUCGAAUUCUUGAAGGCUAGAAUAGCGCAGCUGGAAGACAAUGCCGAUCAAGAAAAGAAACAGACAGAGAACAAGUUAAAAGCACAGGAAACGGUUAUAAACAUGUUAAUGGCGGACAUGAAACAGGCGACAGAAUCUUACAGAAAUACAACCGCUGGCUUAAACCACAAUCGCCGUUUCGUUGCUGAGGAACCUGUUGCCUUCUCUGCGGUGAAGACGGCAGAACAAGCUAACCUUGGCCCUGAUCAGACCAUUACUUUCGAAACAGUGCUCUUCAACGGAGGGGGUGGCUACCACCCAAACACAGGCUACUUCAUCGCGCCUCAAAGCGGGGUGUACAUGUUCUCAACCUCGGUGCUUCACCGCUCUCAAACCCUGCCAUUCUACGGUGAGCUCACGCACAACGGUAAACCCGUAGCAAGGAUUCACGCCGAUGGUGGCAUUUGGGACAGCGGAAGUCAAACCGUUAUCAUUGAAGUUCAAGCGGGUGAUGACAUUUGGGUACGGAACAUUAUCAAUAGCAACGAGCUGAUCCACGGCAACCUAUUUUGUUCAUUUUCGGGCGUGCUGUUGAUGCAACUGUAAAAGAACAGUCACCAUUGAAGCAACUUCGAAAAAAAUUGUAAUCGAUGCCAAGUAUUAGAAUCGUCUGAUAUUAAAGAAAAAUAUUGA